GAUGGCCGCCGAUGUGGGAUCGAUGUUUCAAUAUUGGAAGAAAUUUGAUCUACGGCGGCUGCAGAGGGAGCUAAAUUCAGUGGCGGCACAACUGGCUGGGCGACAGGAAGAGAGCGAGCACUCCCAAAAGCACGUGCUGGAGCUGAGCCGUGAGUUCAAGAAAAAUGUCCCUGAGGAAGUGCGGGAGAUGGUUGCUCCUGUCCUCAAGAGUUUCCAAGCCCAGGUUGUUGCCUUGAUUCAGCGCAGUAAGGAGGCAGAGUCCGCAUUUCUGGGAGUUUAUAAACAGCUGAUAGAAGCCCCAGACCCCGCUCCGGUGCUGGAGGCCUCCCACUCACUGGAGGAACGUCUCACUCAGCUACAAAGUUCUCCAGACAGUGAGGUUCUGGUCAGUGAGAUCUCAGGGCACUGGAGGAGACAUCUGGAGUGCCUUAACAGUGCAGAAACUGUAGAAGAAAGCCCAGUAAGCUUACACAGAGUAGAGGUCUCCGAACAACUGCCCCAUAUGAUGACCCCAAACAGCACACAGAGCCUCCAAGAUGGUGGCUUACCCCUUCCCAACCACCAGGGCCUGGAGGAACGGGAAGCAGAUGAACCAGAUGUUCUGCAUGUCAGACUGGCUCAGGCUGAAGACAGAAUCAAAACUCUCCAGUCAGAACUCAGCAAAGCCCAGUCAGAACUACAGGAGCUAAAGUGCAAAUACUACAAGGAAAUUGCUGCCAAAGUGGAGGAACUGGCCCAGCUCAAGACGAACCUGGAGAAGGCCAACCAGAGAGCAGAGUUGGCCCAGAGGGAGGUGGAGCGUCUGAGAGACCAGCUAACCAGUAGUUGCAGCAUUUCUGAAGGGAAUGACGGAGGUCCCAGUGAGGGGAAAGGAGGGAGGAAUGAGAAGGAUAAGUGCUCACCAUCACAGCUGGAGGCUGUGCUCUUCUCCAAAGACAGAGAGAUUCUCCGUCUGCUUGAGAGUGUCCAGAGGUUGCAGUUCACUCUCCAGGAAGUGCAAGACUCUUCAGCAAGUCAGCUGGCAGAUCUUGAACACCAGCUGGCCCUUAAGACAGAGGCUAUUGAAAAGUUAGAGGUUAAACUGCAGUCUCAAUUGGAUUAUGAAGAAAUCAAAACUGAACUCAGCAUUCUUAAAGCAAUGAAACUGACAACAGCAAAUGGGAGCUCUUCCCAGGACUCUGACAAAGUUGCAGAGGCUUUGCUGCUUGACAAGCAGACUUUCCUCCACUCCAACAAAUUUCUGCUUGAUAAAACCAGAGCAAGCCUACAGCGGCCUGAUGAAGACCAAUCAGAUGGUUCCAGCAGGGAUUUGGUACGCCCCAUCAUCUCAUACUCCUCCCCACCUGGGGCCUUACCAAUAGACGGCCAGUCCUCCAGUCCAGGACCACCCACUCCUGAUGGGAACUCCGCGACCCAUGACUUUUCACAAUCUUUCUCUUCAUCACCAUUCUCCAGUGAGAAACAUGCUACAGGGCCACUUCUGCAGAAACAGCUUCUUUCUCCUCACAUUAAAAAGGAUGGCAGCUCACUCAUGGCCUUCCCCACUGCUCUGUUUGCUGCAAAAGCUGCCCUUAUGUCAGCAAAUCCAGGCUCCUCAGGGACCUCAGUGUUGGAAACUGGGUUAGCCAGUGACCAGUCAGAAUGUGGGAGCUCAGGAGGUGGGGAUGAGGACCAGCUAGACACAGCAGAGAUAGCCUAUCAAGUAAAAGAGCAGCUUCUGAAACAUAACAUUGGUCAGCGUGUGUUUGGGCACUAUGUGUUGGGUCUUUCCCAAGGCUCCGUCAGUGAGAUUUUGGCUCGGCCCAAACCAUGGAGGAAGCUGACAGUAAAAGGGAAGGAACCCUUUAUCAAGAUGAAACAGUUCCUGUCAGAUGAGCAAAACAUCUUGGCAUUGCGCACCAUCCAAGUUCGCCAGAGAGGGAGUAUCACUCCUCGCAUCCGAACUCCAGAAACUGGGUCAGAUGACGCCAUUAAGAACAUUUUGGAACAGGCUAAGAAAGAGAUCCAGAGUCAGCGAGGAGGUGAUGGUAAGUCCUCUCUGGGAUUUUCUUCAGGACGCAGCAGCAGUGGUGGAGGCAGUAAUUCAGAUGAGACUAUUAAGAGCAUCUUGGAGCAGGCAAGACGGGAGAUGCAGGCACAGCAGCAGGCCCUGCUCGAGCUAGAGGUCAGCAGCCAGAGUCUGUGCUUGCAGGAGCCCCACAAGACCCUGCCUGGACCUAUGCCCACCUACAUCAAGCAAGAAGAGGGCAGUGCCAUACCUGUGUGCACAUCCAACCCUAUUGGCAGCCCACAGACCCCCCUCAGCGUCCUGUCUCCUGCUGCUUUUGUCCAAAAUAUUAUUCGUAAGGUGAAGUCGGAAAUUGGCGAGGCUGGAACGUACUUUGACCAGCACUGGUCUCGCCCCUUUACCUCCGUCUCGCCCUCACGCUCCUCUUCGUCCUCCUCUGUGCCCUCAACAGUGCCCAGGGCCUGGACCGUUAAAUGUCCCCCGAGCACAGAAGAGGCACCGGGCACUGAGGACGAUGAACCUCCACCAAGUUCUGUUAAAGUGGAGCCAGAAUUAAGUAUAAGCGGAGAGCAGGCUACAAGUGGAGGAACACGAAUAAACUACUAUCCGUCCUACAUUCCUCGCACCCUGAAGCCCACUGUGCCACCACUUACGCCUGAGCAGUAUGAGAUGUAUAUGUAUCGUGAGGUGGAUACCAUAGAACUUACACGCCAGGUUAAGGAGAAGCUGGCCAAGAAUGGCAUUUGUCAGCGGAUAUUUGGAGAGAAGGUACUGGGACUUUCUCAAGGCAGCGUGAGUGACAUGCUUUCGAGACCAAAACCCUGGAGCAAGCUCACACAGAAGGGACGAGAGCCUUUUAUUCGCAUGCAGCUGUGGCUUCUGGACCAGUUAGGACAGAGCCUCAGUCAGCAGUCCAACCAUAGUCACAACCACGACAAAAGUCCAGUGACAUCUCACUCUUCACCAUCCCCUCCACUCAGUCCAGAGGACAGCCAUCCCAGUAUACCUCUGGAGCCAGUGAGUUUAGUUCUGGAGAGUAGCAAGGAGAACCAGCAUCCUCACUCACAGCACACAGAACCUCAUGGGGUUAAGGGACCAGCAGCAGGCACAUUGGCACUUCAGCAGCCUCACAUUCCACUGGGCAUUCAGGAGCUAGUGGCCAUGUCGCCUGAGCUUGACACGUAUGCUAUAACCAAGAGAGUAAAGGAGGUGCUGACUGAUAACAACCUAGGUCAGCGUCUGUUUGGUGAGAGUAUCUUAGGUCUUACACAGGGCUCGGUCUCUGACCUGCUGUCCAGGCCCAAACCGUGGCAUAAGCUCAGUCUUAAAGGCAGAGAACCAUUUGUGCGCAUGCAGCUGUGGUUAAAUGACCCACACAAUGUGGACAAACUGAGAGAUAUGAAGAAGAUGGAGAAAAAAGCAUACUUGAAGCGCAGAUAUGGCCUGUUGAGUCCUGGCUCAGACACAGAUUCUCCAGGAGCACGUUCAGACUCCUUGAGUCCAGGCAUUGCCCAAAUGGAACUGUGUUCAUACAGCCAAGCUAAGAAGCCCAGAGUAGUGCUAAAUGCAGAGGAGAAAGAGGCUCUGAGGAAGGCAUACCUACAGGAGCCUUAUCCAUCUCAGAACACCAUUGAAAUGUUGGCUACCCAGCUCAAUCUGAAGACGAACACCGUCAUUAACUGGUUUCACAAUUACAGCAGGUCUCGAAUGCGGCGUGAAGUCCUUGUGGAAGGUCCUCAGGAUAACGAUGCUGAUGCAGAUCAAAACUUCUCUCCUUCAGUGAGCUGCAGUCCCAUUUCAGAUACAGAAGAACGCAAAAAAGCCCAUUCGAUUAUCAAUGGCCCCACAAUGCUAAAUGUCAAACAGGAAGUGGAGGAAGAGGAGGAGACAUUGCAUAUCAGGCAGGAUGCAUGCACUUACAUGGCUGUGCGGUUCACAGAGAUGAAGACUGAAGAGGAGCACAUGUCUGGCAACAGGGACCUGACGUCAUGUUGUCCUCAAAGUCUCAGGCAGGAUGAAGCUUGCAUCCACAAACUCGUUCCCGGAUCUCUUUCCUCAGACAACAUUCAGAAAAGCAAUGCAGUCACAAUUGAAGCUGAAAGCAAUUCACCUGUGGACCCUGCGAGCUUCAAGACAUCAUCGGAGGCAUGCCGCAGCAGCCUGGAGGUGUCCCUUGACUCGCCCUCAGCUGCCUCCUCGCCUGGCCUGAUGAUGUCUGUUUCACCUGUGCCGUCCUCGUCUGCCCCCAUUUCUCCAUCUCAAUCUCUCCAUUCCAACACCAAGAUCAGUAAGAGCACACAGAGGCGUGAUGAGAAAAUGGCCAACCUUAGCAACAUCAUCCAUCGACUUGAGCGAGCAGCCAAUCGAGAAGAGGUGCUGGACUGGGAGUUCUAAAAAAAAUGAAGAAUGAAAAUACUAUGACCCCCCCCUAAAAAUGGGGUUUUCUCACUCCUUAAGCUCUUGUCUGUUACAUUUGCCUGUCAGCAAGAACACAGAAAGUGAUAUCAGCCAACCCAGAGAUAAAAUAUUGUCUUGUUAAAAAUUUCGGGUACUUUAAACAAAUAAUAUUUAUAAACUUGUUUUAGGUUUUUUGAUAAAGGUAUCCUUCUUUGACUUAUAUAUUACAGCACUAGCUGUCAUCUUUUAAACCAAGGGAAAAAGAGAUACUUGGAUGUGAAGACUUUGCAGCUAUGGUGUCAUAAAAUGCACACUGAAGUUCUAUAGAUUGCCACUGGGUGAGAUUAUUUCAAAGUGAGACCUCUGUCUUAAGCCAUCAAAAGCACUACUUAUUUAAAAAAAGAAAAGAAAAAAAAAAGGACUCUGACCAAAUUUGCUACUUUUUGAAUAGCAUUUUUUCAGAUUUUGUCUGUAAAACAGGACAGGUAAAGUCAAAUAAUGUUGAGAACUUUAUACAGACUUAUGGGAUAGUCCUUAAAGACUCUAAAUAGUGAACGAUACAUAUGUACUUAGUUUCUUGUUGACAUGUUUUUGGAAUAUUUGUUACACAAGCGUAUAAUGUGUGGUUGUACAUGUUGUAGAGAUUGUCUGCAAUAGCCUUUUCCUCAACAAGAUGUAGCAUGGUACUCAAAUUACCCUCAUAUUCUCUAUAAAUUGUAUCCUGUGAUUAUACUUGAGCGAUAAAAGUGAAAAUCCUGGAAAAUUCGACAAAAAAAAAAGAAAAGAAAAAGUGAUUGUAAGAAAAAGAUUAUUGAUAUUUUUAGUGAAGCUGUUAUCUUUUUUUUUAUUAUUUAAGGUUACUUAGCAGUUUACUGUAGGGCCUUUUUGUGCACUUGGAAGUAAGUGAGCCAUUUGAAAGUCCUGAGCAAUGUUACUAAUACAUGUUGCAUUUACCUCACUCUUCCUCUGAUGCACUGAUCUUUUACACACAUGGGGCAGGGCAAUACCCAUAACUCAGCAUAUGUUUCUGAAGUGCGGAUUUGAUCUGUAAAGUUUAGAAUGUUAUGCCCAAAAGUUCUACCAAUAAUGAUUUAAUCCAUAAUUCAAUAAUGAUGUAAUAUAAACUUGAACCAAGUCUCAAAGACAGGAAUACCACAGGAAGUGACGGGGUAACAUUUUCAGUGGGAACAUUUUAGCAUGCAUAUGUUUUAAACUAACUGUUUAUUCCUGAUUUAUUGUUGGCACUAAUACAGUACGUUUAGGAAUUCUGCCCUAAUCAGCACAAGUCAAUCUCUUGCUUGUUGGUUUUCUAGGAUCCCAUUUAACUCGUGUGUGUGUGUGUGUGUGUGUGUGUGUGUGUGUGUGUGUGUGUGUGUGUGUCAUAGAAGAUGUGGGUAGAAGUUGCAACCUUAUAAAUAGGUAUCAUUUAUUUUAUACCUCAAACACUGACCCUAAUUUAUUGUAUUUUUGCAUGGGCUGUCCAAUAACAUGAGAGAAUGUGCUGUAAUGUGGAUGUCCUCAUCCUCGUCUGAGAACCGAAAUCCAAAUAGGCACACUUACAGUUUUUACGUGAGUAAAGUAAGUACACUGUACUUGAGUAAUAAACACAGAGUUUGUAAAGAUGUUAAGAAGUACACAAAGUUUUCACAUAAACAUGCUAGUUCAAACAAAUCCUCUGCUUUGUGUCCUACUCCACAAUAUGGCAACUUUUCCAUUUGAAAUAUGCAUAUACCUAAAAGUUAUUAGGGUGCUUUCAUGCUAGGCAUUUUACUUCUCCACAAAAAGUGCUAACUUGGAGCAUCUUUUUUAUUGAGAUAAAAAAGGCAGCUCACUGCUGAAGUGGAGGCAGAAAGUCCUAAAACAGAGAGAGAGAGAGAGAGAGAGAGAGAGCUGCUUGUGCAACUUCAAUGUAAAACUAGCAAAGCUGUUAUUUUUAGUUACAGUAGAUUGCAAAGUUGGAAUAUUAGCAAUGAUUUUUUUAAAUUGACUGUAGUAAAUCUUAUUAAAAUGUUUUUUCACUAGCACUCUGUCCUCCAUGUUUGUUUUCCUCAUGUGCGCUCCAACUUGCAGUCUGAUUGAUUGGGGGGGAGGGGGGAUUAAAAAAAAGCACUUGACCUCACUUUUGUGAACUUCUUUGUUUCUUUAUUUUCUUUCUUUCUUUUUUUCAUUGAUUUAGGAAGUCCUCCACAGUGGACAAAAACACCACAGUUGCAAUGAGGUUUCCUGGAGGAUAAAUAUAAAUGUGUGCCAGUGUUUGAGAGGAAAAUGUUUAGUGUGAAAGCAGCCUUAUGUGAAACACAAAUUGGGUUCAGAAAAGGAGCAAAAUUAAAUAACUUUAAUUAUGUUAUAAAUUUGUUAAAUCCCUCAAGAGAUUUUAAAGAGUUUACUUUCAGUGGACUUCAAAUGCCAAAAUAGGAUCUGAAACCAUAUGUUGUAGCACUACUAUUGGAGCGCACCGGAAUGACACUAAACCAUUGUUGUUGUUUUUUUCAAUUGAGGAGAAAGAAUAUUUGCAUAAUCUGGUUAAAAUUUAUAUAGAUUGAAAGCACUUAAAGAUCCAAUCAUCGUUAAAUGUUAUGCAUUCCAUGGAAGCAAUAAAAACUAAUGUAAUGGUCCAAGUUGACAUAUUAUAAUUUAAAGUGUGUUGAUUGAUCCACAAUGUCAACAAUUGUAUUAAGCAACAUGCAACCCAUUUCACCCUAAAAGUUGCUACUGUAGUACACUGGAUAUAACCGUGUUAUAUUGCCAGCUAAUGUUAAUGAGUAAAAAUUAAAAGACAGCAAAACAUACUUUUAAUGAAGCUUUUCCUUAGAAUUCAUUUGCAUAGUACAUACUGUGAAGCUACUACAUCCAUGGAAUUGCCUAAUAUAACACUAAGCUACUACCACACAGCAUUCUCAACAUUAUAAACCAGUUAAUUCUAACAUUCAGUUGUGUGGUCAAUUAUAAUUUUAUAAUUAAUGCAAACUUACUACCACAAAAAUAAUGGCAAGUGAAAAUAUUGUAAAUAUUAGUAAUAUGUGUUUACUAUUCCUUAAUAUAAAAUUACACUACCAAACCUUUCUAAACACGUUUUACAAUUUUAAGUAUUAUUUUUCUUGUUGUACUGUCAGCUAAUUUAGGUCAUUUUAAUUCUUUUCCCAGAUAAAUGCAAAAUUGUCUGCUCAUAAAAUGGGAAAAAAUUAAAGGGUACAAACUAAAAACAGAAGUCUCCAGAAUCUUACAUUUGGUUUAUUGUAAUACAUAAUAAUAAGUAAAUAAAUUUGACCAAAUUCAAAAUAUUUUUACUUGCUAAUAUUUGAAGUGGACCAAACAAGCCCCAACCGUAACCAUGCGACUAUCAUGGGUGCAUUCUGGUACUUAAACAAAUAGGAUUAUACUGCUUGAAAAUUAGAAAGGUUUGCUCAUUAAUCUAAAAAGGAACUGGUCACAUUUUAAAAACUUUUCAGCCUGUAAACAGUUUUAUCAGCAACGAAUUUGGUGACUAAAGUCCUCCACUCAGUCAACUUAUACAUACAACUUCACAUACUGUAUCCUUUAAGUAAUCAAAAAAUUUUCUAAAAUUUGGUUGCAUUAUGCCGAUGUAUACUGAAGUACUUUUAAAAUACCUUUUAUUUUAUUAUUUUAUUUCUUAAUUUUCCUAAGUGCAAGUGUUUUUGCUACUGAGUUUAUUUUUUUCUAUAUAUUUUGUUGGUAGAUGUAGAUCCCAAUACCUCAUGAUAAGAACUACUUUACAGCACUUACCUUUGUUACCUUUAUGUUUGAGAAUAGUGCAAAUAUGAAAACUAAACUCUUUGUUCCACAAGUUUUUGCCUUGUUGUAUUGUUGAAGUUAAUAGUAAAACACUUGAAAAUGUCUUAUUAGUACUGAAGAUUGGAGUAAUAAACACAUGUAUAGAGA